UCUUUUUGUUGUGGUGGUCACCUUUAGGUUUCCUAAACGUCAUUAGCUAUUUCAAUCACAGCGUAAAUAUUUUACCAGAUACUACAGCAAAAAUAUCUUUGAAACAUUUUCCACGCGGAAUCUACAGUGCAAUCAGUCGUACUGUUGUGCAAAGGGUACCAGUAAGAGCAAGAGAUCUGUCUGUAUAAUACUUGUAGAGACUGGAAGAGGAACCACCUGCCUAACAAUGUUGACUGCCUGGCUCAAAUCAAUGCUAUCUGUUGAAAGGUCCAAGCCGCUGACCAAAACAGAACGCUUUACCCAGUGGUCAUCUUUACUAUACGUCGUUGUGGGCACAUCUAUGCUUUUUAUACCAUCCUUGUGGGGAUUUUUGUACAAAGUCGAGCUCCUUGGCCGGAGCGCAGGCUACAUUCAGCUUGGAGGGCUUGCUUUCGUUGUCGAGGGAUAUUUGCUAGUGAUAGCCUCAAAAUCUGAGCAUAAAUUCCCAGGCCAUGGCCAUAUUAACAUAACUGUGCUCACAAGACUGAUCCUUGUCAACAUGUCCUUAACAAUCCUGUACUUGAAGGGAACAGCUCCAGUGCGUUGCAUUGCGUUUAUUGCAGCCCUCGACAAUUCCUUGGCUGUUGGUGUUUUUUUGGUUUGGAUUUCCACUGAAGAGGGUGCAACCUUGGGUUUGUUUUUCAAGGAGAUAUUUGAUCUUCUAUUACGAUUUCCCGUCGGUCCUUGUUCUUCUAUCGCGGUUCUCUUGUUAGGAAUUGUGCAGUUUUCAGCAGGUCUUUACUUGAAAGACGUAACUCGUUUAAGUCACGCACUCAGCUUGGAUCCGUUCUUAGGUUAUUCAGGGCUUUUCCUGAGUUUUUACUUCAGCCUGAAUGCGGCGCAUGCAGUAUUGUAUAUCUCCAAUGGUCAAGCAGUGAGCACAACGUUCAACAAGGGCUGUGUUUUUUAUCGCGUGGCAAUCAAUAUUUUAGUGCUUUUUGUUUUAGGCGCUGCGAAUCGGAUUGAAACAAGUCUAUCCGUUUUCCUGAUCAGUGUGGAAAUGAUCCUCGCUGCAUUUAUCUUGGUGUCUUUGUCCUGUGACAAAGAUAACUAUGACCAAGGCAAAGAAAAGUAACAAGUUGGUAGAAAAACCCUUUUAGGAAGGUUUUAUUGUGAAAUUAUAAACAUAUAUCCUUUCAAAAGUCGUCUCCCUCGCGUGAUAGUUUGAUAUUUUUGUCUCUCUGUUUCUGAGAGAAAUUUUGUUCCUUUUUUUAUUCAUUUCUCAUAAAAUAAUUUCCCCUAUCCUAUUAUAGAAGCCAUUUAAAGUAGACCGUACCAGUAAGGUGUCGGGUGUGAAAGUCAUGCAACAGCCAUGAGUUGUAAACAUAGGAAUGCACUGUUGAUGUUGUUACUCUCAUUGUUAACGUUGUUUUAAAAAGUUUUGAAUAAAUUUCCGCUUUCUAUA